AUGACAGGUCAUUUGGUUGAUAGAUGCUACAAACUUCAUGGUUUUCCUAGUGAAUCAAAGGUGAAUAAUGGACAAAAGAAAUUUGCUAACAUGGCUCAUGCAAAUAAUGCAAGAAAAUUUGUUGAUAAUGGUGAUGAUAGUGUUAUUGCAACCUUGUCUAGAGAUCAGUAUACUCAGUACAUGAACUUCUUGGAAAGUCCUAAGGAUGCAACAGUUGCUGCAAUCACUCAGGAGCAGAAUAACUUCAGAGCAGCUUAUUUUGCAGACCAUAUUUGUAGAGACUUAACCUUGUUUGAUAGUUAUAGAGCCUUAGGAUCUGAUGAGGACACUAUUACUAUACCUGAUGGAAGAAAAGUGUUUAUUUUCCAUAUAGUUUCUGUUACAGUUAGACAGGACAUAGUGUUGAAAGAUGUACUAUUUGCCCCUGAUUUUCAAUUUAACCUAAUAUUUGUCCAUAAACUCUGUAAGGACCUUCCAUGCAUUGUUAAGUUUACACCUGAUUAUUGUAUUAUACAAGGUCCCACCUUGACCAGGGAACUUGUUCUUGGUAACCAGAAAUCAGGCUUAUCAGAUAAUGCCAAGGAAUUGUGUGAAGGAAAAAUAGCUGAGUUUUAUCACGCUAAAGGGAUUUUACAUCAGACUAGUUGUAGUGAUACACCUCAGCAAAAUAGGGUUGUAGAAAGAAAGCAUAAGCAUCUUUUAGAAACAACUAGAGCCUUGUAUAUUCAAUCUAAAGUACCACAAAAAUACUGGGGUGAAUGUGUUCUUACUGCUGCUCAUAUCAUUAAUAGGAUGCCUUUGUCAGUUUUACAUAAUUUUUCUCCUUAUCAGAAACUUUUUGAUAGGCCACCUGAUAUUUCACAUUUUAGAUCUUUUGGCUGUCUAUACUGUACAGAAGGAUAUCCUGUUCAUAAAACCACAACUAAUAUUAAUUCCAGACAAUCCACACCCAAUCCUAAUCCUAAUUAUUCUCCUAUAAAUAUUUCUACUUCCUCUCAUUUUUCUAAUUCUUUUCCCUCUAGUUCAAUGUCUAAUUCUUUCAACACCACCAAUUCUUCUUCUUUACCUUAUCCAAUCAUUCCAAAUUCAGAGAUUACUGACAUUCUAGACACAUUACACUCUGAGCCAAUUUUGGAGCAAAGACAAUCUUCAAGACCAAGAGAGCCUCCUAAGUGGAUGAAAUAUUAUGUUUGUAAACUUCCCACCAAAUCAUCUUCUCAUUGGUGUAACUUGGUUUUCUACUCUGACAUACCUUGUUCUCAUAAACCCUUGAUAGCUCAGUCAUCUUCUCUGUCUGAGCCAACUACAUAA